AUGAAGUGGUCUGUCAUUCAAGCCCUUGCCUUGGCCUCGGGCGUCCAAGCCCAUGGCUACCUCACCUUCCCCAUGAGCCGAACCGGGCUCAACGCCCAAGCCGGACCAGACACCUGUCCCGAGUGCACCAUCCUCGAGCCCGUCACAGCCUGGCCCGACCUCGACUCGGCCCAGGUCGGCCGCUCAGGACCGUGCGGCUACAACGCCCGCGUCAGCGUCGACUACAACCAGCCGGGCCCGCGCUGGGGAUCCGCCCCGGUGGUGACCUACAAGGGCGGCGACGUGGCGGACGUGCAGUGGUGCGUCGACAACAACGGCGACCACGGCGGCAUGUUCACCUACCGCAUCUGCCAGGACCAGGCGCUCGUCGACAAGCUCCUGACCCCCGGCUACCUGCCCAGCGAGGCUGAGAAGCAGGCUGCCGAGAACUGCUUCAGGGCCGGCACCCUGCCCUGCACCGACGUCAACGGCCAGUCGUGCGGCUACAGCCCCGAUUGCAGCCCGGGGCAGGCCUGUUGGCGCAACGACUGGUUCACGUGCAAGGGGUUCCAGGACACAAAGUGCAGGGGUGUCGACAACGCCCCUCUCAACUCUUGCUACACCAGCAUCGCGGGUGGCUACACGGUCUCUUCGCGGAUCAAAAUCCCCAACUACGUUUCAAACCACACCCUGCUGUCCUUCAAAUGGAACUCGUUCCAGACGCCACAGAUCUACCUCACCUGCGCCGACAUCAAAAUAACCGCGCCCGACUCCCAGUCUCCCCCGACCACGACCACGACCAGCACGCCGGCGAGCCCACCACCCACAAGCUGCGCCACGCCGGCCGCCAGCGUCGCCGUCACGUUCCGCUCCAAGACCACCACAUCGGUCGGCCAGACGGUCAAGAUCGCGGGGUCCAUUGCGCAGCUGGGGGGCUGGGACGCGUCCAAGGCGCCGGCGCUCUCCGCCUCGCAGUACACGUCGUCGAACCCGCUGUGGACCACGACGAUCAGCCUGCCGGCCGGCGCCACCUUUGAGUACAAGUUCAUCAGGGUCGAGAGCAGCGGUGCCGUGACGUACGAGUCGGGCGCCAACCGGGUCUACACGGUGCCGAGGGACUGCGCGGGGACGGCGACGGUGGAUACGGCGUGGAAGUAG